UAAAAAAGGAUAUUUUUAUUUUCCUGAUACCAUGAAGCACAUUGCCAAGAAAAGGUGAUUUGUUUUCCAGCCAGCAGCUAUUUCUAUUGUCCAGGAAAACUAGCAAAAUGUAACAGAUGCCAGGUUCCCGCAAACCCCGUUUGUUAACAAGAGUUCCAAAUGUUAAAUGAGUUACAGGAGUUGUGACUUUCACAGAUGUGUGAACAAAAUCAGUGUAUCUAAAAUAUUCUGUGCAAAGUUAAGCAUACACACGUGUGCUUAUGAUGCUAAAACCACAUGGGUCCAAGUACAAAUAAAGUCAGGUCCUCGCAAGUCCACUUACGCCUCACAGCUGGGUCAGCAACUACUGGCACAAAAUCAGAAGCAUAUGACAGUCUAGAAUCAAGAGAUAAAGUGUGUGGUACUAUGAUGAGCAAACCAGGAAAGGGAGUUAGAAUGGUGGAUUCUGGAGGACACUGGGGAAGCCAUUUCUGGGGUCCCCAGGAACUCGGGCCUCCAGGUCGCAGGGAAAAACUCAGGCAAAGGCCGACUACGCAGAAACACUCUUCCUAACAAACUGGCGAUCUUAGCUCAGAAAGAGCGACUCCAACACUGGCACAGAGCAUCAAAACACGCGUUAGAGAAACCGACAGACUUUGGCCACUCGCAACCUUCCCGAAGACGGAAGCAGACGGGCACGCCCACGAAUUGCUCGUCCCGGAUUUUAUUAGCUGCCCUGCCCCCUCUCUCAAUUGGUCUCUUUCAUUGGUCAGAAGUGUCACGCUCCUACGUUCACAGACAAUUCCAGGAGCCAAUCACCUCCAAUCACCGCCCCGGCUCUUUGCCGCCUUGUGAGUGACAUCCACUCCAACCAAUAAUAAAUGAGAAUAAAGAUGUGACGCGUAGACUCCACCCCCUUUCCCUCAACGCGUUCAGUGAAUGGUAGUAAAGGUUGAGCAGCUGAUAUUAACCACCAAUCCGUAAGGGCGGAAGAGAGCCACGGAGACGACCGAUGGGAGGAGGUGACGUGGCGGUGACGAGUGCACACACCGCAUGAGUGGCAGAAAUAUUGGCCAAUCGACAGCCACACGGGCUGGGCGGUCUGCUUUCUCGAGUCCUCCCUGAGCGCCGGAGACUUCGGGAAAGCCCCAAUGAGCUUGACUUGAGUCUGAUUGGCCUUCACCUGCACCAAUCGGCGGCAGGCCUGGCGGAAGCGCCCCUCCUCGGACGCUCACUGGGCGCUGCGAUAUGACAGGCCCCAGAGAAAUGCCAAUGGCCUAGGGGCCCUGCGCAAGUGACACUCGGCCGCACCAAUCGACUCUCUUCUUCCCCUUGGCCGGCCUGGCGGGGCGGGGACGCUGCGCGGCAGCGGCGGCUGAGGCGCUCGCCGAGUGGGGCCCUCCGGGAGGCGACGGCGGCUCUCGUAGGCGGUUCCGGUCGUGUAUCAGCGGGCGGCGGCGGUUCAUGGCGGCGACGGAGCUCAGAGGAGCGCUGGGCCCGGGCCCGGCCACGAUGGCGGCCCCGGGCGGCGGCGGCGCCGGUCCCCCCGGGGUGGGAGGUGGAGGCGCCGGCGGCCGCGGAGACUCCGGGCCGGGCUCCGGGCUCGUGCCGGGUGCGGCGGCCGCGGUGGCGGCGGGCGGACCGGGCCCUGGGGCCGGGGCCGUGGCGGCGGCGGGCCCGGCUCCCGCGCCGCCGGCGGGGGGCUCUGGCGGCUCGGGCGCCGGGGGCUCGGGCUCGGCUCGCGAGGGCUGGCUCUUCAAAUGGACCAAUUACAUCAAAGGCUACCAGCGGCGGUGGUUCGUGCUGAGCAACGGGCUCCUCAGCUACUACAGGUCCAAGGCGGAGAUGCGGCACACGUGCCGCGGCACCAUCAACCUCGCCACCGCCCACAUCACGGUGGAGGACUCCUGCAACUUCGUCAUCUCCAACGGGGGCGCGCAGACCUACCACCUGAAGGCGAGCUCGGAGGUGGAGCGGCAGCGCUGGGUCACGGCCCUGGAGCUGGCCAAGGCCAAGGCGGUGAAGAUGCUGGCCGAGUCAGAUGAGUCGGGAGACGAAGAGUCCGUCUCCCAGACCGACAAGACGGAGCUGCAGAACACCCUGCGGACCCUGUCCAGUAAGGUGGAGGACCUGAGCACCUGCAACGACCUGAUCGCCAAGCACGGCACGGCGCUGCAGCGCUCGCUCAGCGAGCUGGAGGCCCUGCGGCUGCCGGCCGAGAGCAGCGAGAAGAUCAAGCAGGUCAACGAGCGCGCCACGCUCUUCAGGAUCACGUCCAACGCCAUGAUCAACGCCUGCAGAGACUUCCUCGUGCUGGCCCAGAGCCACAGCAGGAAGUGGCAGAAGUCGCUGCAGUACGAGAGGGACCAGCGCAUCCGCCUGGAGGAGGCCCUGGAGCAGCUGGCAAAGCAGCACAACCACCUGGAGAGGGCCUUCCGGGGGGCCGCGGCGCUGCCUGCCGGCGCCGGCAGAGCAGAUCAGCCCUGCUCCGGCAAAGGAGACCUGAGUGACGAAGAUGACGAGAACGAGUUUUUUGAUGCCCCUGAGAUCAUCACUGUGCCCGAGAACUUGGGCCACAAACGCACCGGCAGCAACAUCAGUGGAGCCAGCAGUGACAUCAGCCUCGAUGAGCAGUACAAGCACCAGCUGGAGGAAACCAAGAAGGAGAAGCGGACGCGGAUACCUUACAAGCCGAACUACAGCCUCAACCUGUGGAGCAUCAUGAAGAACUGCAUCGGCAAAGAGCUUUCCAAGAUCCCCAUGCCGGUGAACUUUAACGAGCCCUUGUCCAUGCUUCAGCGCCUCACUGAAGACCUGGAGUACCACGAGCUGCUGGACCGGGCGGCCGCGUGCGAGAGUUCUCUAGAACAGCUCUGUUAUGUUGCAGCUUUCACCGUGUCCUCCUACUCCACCACUGUCUUCCGCACCAGCAAGCCGUUCAACCCACUCCUCGGGGAGACCUUUGAACUGGACCGGUUAGAGGAGAACGGCUACCGAUCCCUCUGUGAGCAGGUGAGCCACCAUCCCCCUGCGGCUGCACACCAUGCCGAGUCCAGAAACGGCUGGACGCUGCGGCAGGAGAUCAAGAUCACCAGCAAGUUUCGUGGCAAAUACCUCUCCAUUAUGCCCCUCGGUAGCAUCCACUGUAUUUUCCAUGCAACGGGGCACCACUACACGUGGAAGAAAGUGACCACAACAGUGCACAACAUCAUCGUGGGCAAACUGUGGAUCGACCAGUCUGGUGAAAUCGACAUUGUGAAUCACAAGACGGGAGACAAGUGCAAUCUUAAGUUCGUUCCUUACAGCUACUUCUCUCGGGACGUAGCAAGAAAGGUGACGGGGGAGGUGACCGAUGCGUCGGGGAGAGUUCACUUCGCGCUGCUGGGCACGUGGGAUGAGAAAAUGGACUGCUUCAAAGUGCAGCCGGUCCCCGGGGAGAAUGGGGGUGAUGCCCGGCAGCGCGGCCACGACGUGGAGGAGAGCAGGGUGCUGCUCUGGAAGCGGAACCCUUUACCGAAGAACGCGGAGAACAUGUACUACUUCUCCGAGCUGGCUCUGACCCUCAACGCCUGGGAGGCCGGCACCGCGCCCACCGACAGCCGGCUGCGGCCCGACCAGAGGCUGAUGGAGAACGGGCGCUGGGACGAGGCGAACGCGGAGAAGCAGCGCCUGGAGGAGAAGCAGCGGCUGGCGAGGAAGAAGCGCGAGGCCGAGGCCAUGAGGGCCACGGAGGACGGCGCGGCCCACGACCCCUACAAGGCGCUGUGGUUCGAGCGCAGGAAGGACCCGGUGACCCGGGAGCUGACGCACAUCUACCGCGGCGGCUACUGGGAGUGCAAGGAGCGGCAGGACUGGGACUCGUGCCCCGACAUCUUCUGAAGGAGCCGCCGAGGAGGAGCCCGCGGACUGCUGCGGCGCUGCCGCCGAGCUCGUCUGUCUUAACCAAUCACUUGUUGCGAAUCAGUCACCGGAAGCAGACGCCGUUGGUGGUGAUUGGCUGGUUGCCUUAGCUGAUUGACCCUGAAAUCAACCUUCUGGACCCCGCGUGCGUGUCGGGGAGGCGCCCCCCACGUCCCCAGAGUCGGGGGCCCCACUCGCGCCACCGAGAUGCUGGCCCUCACCCCCCCGGAGCCGCCACUCAGCCAGGCCCGCGGAGCACGCUGCGGGGCGCCCGGCGCUGUGCCGCGGGAGCUGAUCCUAGAGGUUCCCUCGGAAAAGAGACACGCUCAGACUUGGCGACGGAGCGUGGUGAGCGCCCUGCUGGAGCCGAGGCGGGGCCCAGGAGACUCCUGGGGUUGCGAGGGGCUCGUCUGCAGGACCGGGACGCGCAGAGGCCGUGCAUGGAAGGAAGUGUCUUCGCUCGUGGGCACAGCCCGCGGCUGUUCUCCGCCUUCCCUGACGGCUGCCCGGCCUCUCGGGCGCGCAGGAGGGUCGCCUUUUCCUCGCGGGGCGGGGGGGGACUUUACGGACUCCCUCAGGCAGAGAGCUUCGGAGAACCCGGAGCACAAGGCCGCGUGGACACGGCUGGCCGCCGCGCUCGGCGCCCCCUCACCCCACCGUCCCCGCCGCCUUCUCUGCGGUCCUGGCUGCGCUCUCGCUCGUGCGCGCGCGCUCUCUCCCUCCAAUCUCUCUGCUCCGGGCACAGUACCCGCUCAGGUUUGUGCCCCGAGGGACAAAGCAUUACCUGCCCGGUUCUGACAGACUUCAGAAUCCGAGAGAAGGCGUUUAUCCCGAGUGAGUUUUCACCAUCUCUCAGAGCCCACGGACUGAAGCCACUUUUGGAAUAAUGUGUUAAUACCUGUAUAUUAUAUAUAUGUAGAGAAAAGGCCGAAUUUUCUGUUUGAUUUCCCUCCCUCCCGGUAAGAAUCUUGCUCUCUGAUCUCACUUGUCUCCCCGGAACUCUCGGACACACUCGUGCGGAUGGGAACCCACCUUGGGCGGGCCCGUCGGCGGUCACCCGGCAGGGUCUGUGUCCGCGGGUCGCAUCCUGGGCGCCCACUGCCGUCUCGGCUCCGCUCUCCUCACCCGCCUCUGCAGGAUGAAGCCCUGGCCCUUGCCCAGCGUCCUGUCCUCCUCCGGGGGGAGAGUGGGUAGAGGGGCGGGAGGGGCGUUUCCCGCUGCAGCCCGCCUCUGUCCGCGCGCAGCGCCGCACAGCCGGUCCUCCUCGCUGGGAACUGGGGCCGGGUAAGAGCCGCGCCUGUUGGGCCCCGUCUCCUCCUUUUUCUGUCCCGCGUUUCGCUUCAGUUGUCUUCGUUCAGAAAUCUGACCCCGUGCCGCCCUCCCACCCUUGGUUGAGGAUCGCAAAUCGAGGUGCCUUCCUUGUCUGCCCUUCCUUGGUGUUCUGUUAGUGUUCCGUAACUGCCGAGCCUCAGCCAGCGUGGGUCCCUGGGGGAAUCAUUCCAGGGGAAGCCGGGCCCGCAGGGACGCUGCCUCCGGGGACUCGCUUCCAGCACGAGCGAGGGGUUACGGCGCCCUGCCUCCUCCAGGGAGGCCCGCGGAAGCAGCGACCCGCUCCUGGGGUGGGUGCUUCGGCUGGCGGGACCCCUGGAGACCGAACUCCUGCUGUGUCCGCCCACCCCUGCCUCCUCUAUCUGCACUACGUUUCCAGCCUGAUCCUCAGAGUCCUGCUCAAGGAAGAAGCUUCGAGUCCUUCAGGUGAAAUAAAGUCAUACGGACGCAAAACAAAACUAUAUUUUCAGUUUUUUUUUUUUUUGCCUUAUUGUUUUUUUUUUCCAAGAAAACUACUAAAUUAAAUAAUUUUUAAAAA